AUGAUCGCCAUUGGUGCUCUGCGACGGAGUAGCGUCAUUGCGCUUGUCGCAUGCCUCUUGCAAGUUUCCUCCGCAAAGGAUCUAUAUCUCGAUUGCAGCUCCUCCAAUAGCGGUGGCGAUGGCAGCAAAACAAACCCGUUCAGCUCAAUUAAAGAAGCCAAUCAAGCUGUGCUAAGCGCGGGAGACAGCUUGAAUAUCAAGUCAGACACCACAUGCUCUGGCACCCUUUCACCACAGGGUAGCGGUACACAAGAUCAGCCCAUCGUCCUCACUAGCUAUGGUGACGGUCCCUUGCCUAUCAUCAAUGGGUCCGGAGCCGCAGAAGCAGUGAGCCUUACCAACCAGGACUAUUGGGAUGUCUCCAACAUAGCCGUGAUCAAUCCGGCCGCUAACAUCGCCUGGCGCCGCGGUAUCCUCGCAACGUCGUCCGACGGAACCGUGCACCGGGGUCUAUCCAUUCACGACGUUACAGUCUACAACGUCGCCGGUGAGACCAACAAGGCCACACAAUCCGAUGCAUUCAUCGCCUCGGGCGGAAUCCUCGUUAACGGUACCGAGCAUAAAAGCCGGUACGAUGACGUCCAGAUAUUCAACAACACAGUCUAUGACUGCGGGGGCGGCGGCAUCAAGGUCCGUGUAGGCCAGAUGGAUAAUCGCGGCGAAGGAGUACACGUGUUCGCCAACAACAUCUCCUACGUCGGCGGAGACGGAAUCGUGGUAUCCUACGGCGCUUCACCGCUCAUUGAAAGCAAUCUUUGCGGAUUCCUCGGACAUGGAGAGUAUCCUUGGACCGGGGGCAAUUUUGCCGGAAUCUGGGUUCUGGGCUGUCGCGAUGCGGUCAUGCGAUUCAAUGCCGUGCACGACUCUCUCAUGUCGCAGAUAGACAGUGAGGCCUUCGAUUGUGAUUGGGGAAAUGAGGGUACCUGUACUGUCGAGUACAACUACAGCCACGAUAACGCUGGCGGUAUAUUUCUGAAUUGCGAUGGCUGCGGUACCCCUGGCGGAGCGAGGCAAAUCGUUCGCUACAACAUUUUCCAAAACGAUUGCCGCAUGUAUAGCAAUGGAGACAAUGUGGAGAUGGACUUCUAUAACAACGUUGUCUACUGUCCGGAUAAGAAGUUUGAGAUUGCCGUCCCGCCGAAGACGAACUUGUCGAACAAUAUCUGGGUUGGCACUAAGGAUUCGACCUUGCCCACGGGUGAUUCAAUUGAGUGGCAUGGAAACCUUUUUCAGACUGUGCCACAGCCGGAUGAUGCAGCGGGCAUUGCUGAAGAGGCACAAUUUAUGGAUCCGGGGACAGGGAAAGACACCAUCGACUCGGUGGAUGGGUAUAAAUUGCGAUCGGGGAGCCCUGCUCUACUGAAAGGGGUGGUUGUAUCUGAUAAUGGAGGGAGAGACUUCUGGAAUAACGAAGUGUCGUCUGAGGAACGGCCGAAUAUUGGAUCUUACAAUGGAAAGGGUCUGUGA